GCUCCCACCCUGAGUGAAGAUGAAGACGAGGAUGGUGGCCAUGAUAACACCUUGGCAUGGGAUGAUUCAUCUAUACAUGUUGCAAGUGGCAGCACUCCAGUUAGUGGAUCAUUUGUUCCAGCCAUUGGAGGUCCUUUUUCUGCCCUCACUCCCAGCAUGUGGCCACAGGACAUUCUUUCAAGAAUUCAACAGGUAUAUACAGACAGGAUACACGUAGUUGAGGGUGCAAUAACGCUUUUCUUAUCUUUUUAAUAUCUAUUAUUCAUUCAAAAUAUUUUGUCUUUUCUGAUUGGCUUCAAUAAUUGCUGCUGGCUAAAUGAACAUUCUUCAUAACCAACUGGCGCUUAUCAUAUUUUGAAGAUGUGAGCAAUAUACCAUCGAUUUGAUGGUGAAUUGCCCAAGCAGCCUCUUUUCCAGGCCAGUUUGUUUUUUUUGGUAUCCCAUCAAUCAACCUCAUUUCUCAGAGGCUGUUAUACACCCCAGUCGUUGGCUUUGAUGGAUAGUAUUACAACAACAACAACAACCAACCAUUUUAUUUUGACAACUUGAAACAUUUACAAGAACAGCAUAAAUUGAAAUAGAUCAGGCAAAAAACUACUCAGAAUAGCAAAAAGAGCUAACAAGCUGAGCACUUAAACAAUAAUAUUGUUAAAUUACAUUUUAUAGAGUUGGAGCACACAAGAGAAGGAGAGGAAAAAUAUCAUAAAUUUAGGGAAAAAAAAGUGAUAAAAAAUAAAUAAAAUUAAGAUAAAUAGAACAACAUAAAAGAAAAAAACAAACUGUCAAACAGAAACAAAAACGGUACCAGAUAAUUAUAAAGUUUACAUUAAUAAGGGUUAUUAAGUUAUUCCAUACUGGCCAUUCUUUUUGAGCUUCAUAAUUCUUCUCAUCAGCUCAGCCUUGUUCAAUAGUUGGUAUUAAUAGAUAGAGAUAACAUGUUUCACCCUAUCAAUAGUUAACAAUUAUUCCACAAGGGCGCAUUGGAUAUGAGUUGGCUAUAAUCAUCUCAUAUCCAACAAGCGCGAGUGGAAUAAUUGUUUUAUCAAAAACGCCCACAAAAUCUCGUUGAAUCUCCCCGACUAGAACAAACCGGAAAAGACAAGGGACUUCCGCUAUUCACAUGUCACACGUCUAUCAAAACUGUCAACGCGGCGAACGGACUCGCCUGGACUGCAUGAAUGAAAAAUCAAAACAUUGUAGCGAUGAACAUUAGUUUUUUAAAAACUCAUCGGGAUUCUAGGAUUUUACACAGGAGAACAGCUAAGAAACCUGGCAGAUAAUGUGAAGGAAAAGAAUUUUUAAGUGACAGCCGUCGAAAUUACUGUGAAUAUGGAUUUUUGGUGCAGUUAUAAAAGUAAGAACAAUGGAGAAAAACUAUCACCUUAGUCGCUUGUUAUGAAGUUGUUUGAAGCCACAAGCUGGAUUUGCUGAACGAGAAAAGAAGCUAUACUGCCACCUCGAUUGCUCUAGUGAAUGGCUGCAUAGCCUGUAUUUGUAGCUGGUUACAUGUGAUUUAUAUUCGUGAUGUCGGAUAAACAAGCCGCAGUUACCUAUCGGCGAGUGACUCAAUCGGCGAAUGGCUUUGAGAUCAUGAAGAAACAACACUUGUCUUCUUUUGUAGCUGGUCAAGGUACUUUAGUUCCAUGUGUUUUCAUGUGUUUUUCGACAAACUUUCAAACAAGCUCUUGUGGCUUUUUUGUUUGUUUUUGUCUUUUUUCUUUCGAUGAAAUUGCAUUUCUAGUAUUCUAAGAAAUGAAUUAAAAUGAUUUGCUUCGUGCGCCGUUCUAUCCUUCGCGAAAAAAAAUCUCAGCUAGCUUCCAAUUUUUAAACUGAUGCGUACACCGACCAUAUACGGAGAGCAUGAUAUAAUAGCUCAUAUACCAUAACGGCUAAGCCAAUCAAAAUGCUAGAAUUGCAUUAUCCAAUGAUUCAGUUUUUAAUAAUAUAAAUUAUUGCUUCCAUUGCAUCUGAGUGCCAGCUGGUUAUGAAGAAUAGGCCACUUCCGCAUUUUUCACUUUCAAAACGAAGCUAUAAUUGCAAGACCUUUCUUGUGAAAAUGAGUUUUCUUUGCAUGAGAAUUAAAAUUCAUUUUCACAUCAAUAGCUUCACACUAAGCCUCACUUUGAAAAAGAGGCUUGGGACCGAUUCAUUAGCCUGAAGACUGUAAUCAGGCUCAAUGGGGAAUUUUAAAUAUUUUGAAUGAACAUUAAAAAUGACUGUAAAUAAGCUGUGGCCAAACAUUCUCUGGGCAAUGAUUAAUUUUUCCUACAUGACUUGUAUAUGCCACUGUGUUAUUAUACGACAGUAUACAGAGACUAAUUUUUAGUAUCUGCGUUAAUAAUUUUUAUUUGCCAGACGGAGGAUGCAGGGGAUCGUCCAACUGGUCAUUAUGAUGAAUUUGGAUUCAUGGUUGAAGGAGGUAAAUAACAUUUAAAUCCAAAACUUUUCAGGGGCUCUUAAUAAUGCUGAUAAGCUUAAGAACUUACAUGUAUGCAACAGGCAAGUAUAGGAUUCAAAUAAAAUUGUGGAUAUACAUCUAACUUGUCCUCAUGGAUGAUAUGGGUUGUUACAAAAAUCUUUUGAUAAUCAACCCAGUGACACUGAAAUGGUGAAAUUAAGUAGCAAGUAUUUCACCAUCCUUCAACAAAAACCUAAAAAGUAAUACUACACUUGUAAAACUCAACGUUCUAUUAGCUUAAGUUAUAUAUGUUACAGGUCAAAAUUAAAUUCAGGUUAAAAUUUUUAACCUAGCUUGAUUCUCAAUUCCCUUUGUCUCCUAGUCCUAAUUAUUCAUGAAUUAAGAUUAGGAAACAGAGAAAACUGAGAAUCAACCUAGGUUAAAAAAUUUUAACCUGAAUUUAAUUUUGACCUGUAACAUAUACACUGUUGUGCUUUGCUAUUUAAAAAUAUCUUUACCUUAGACAAUAUACAUGUAACUGUUAGUUAUAUGAGAUCUACUGUACUUUAUACAUGUAACAGUCCUUUCAUUCCUGUGAAACAAAACAAGCAAUAUUAUAAAGUUCAUAAUUAUAAUUGUAUACCGAAAUGAUAUUUUUUGUAGAUUCAGAAUUUGAACAUAAAGACCCUGAUCCUGGUAAUUUUGUGACCAGUGAGGAUGAAGGAUUGAGGCUAAAAUGGACAGCGUUCUUAGAGUUCACACAGAAUCAAGAUGUUGGUGAUAUGACGUGGGACAAGGUAGUACAUCAGUAGUGGAUAUGCAGCACUCUUAAACAUUUAUUUCUUUUGAUCAGUUUUCUGUUUACAUUUUAAGACAGCAAGCAUCUUUUAACUUUUGAUUAAUCAGUAUGUGGUUUUUAUUAACAGGUAUCCCCUAGCUUUCCUCACUCGGACAAGCUGAGAGAGCUUGUAUAUCUUGGAAUUCCCCACAGUAUGAGAGCUCCAGUGAGUACUGACUUGGUGCCUGUUACCAUUCAACAGCCAGGGGCUUGUGAUCUUAUGUAAUGUUGUGAUUUCACACUUGUUGAAACCAACCUUUUUAAGUUAGGAAAGUAGACAUUGUAUCAUGCAGAAGGUUUAACUUAGGUAAUAACUGGAUUUUAGAAUAAUUUAGGGUAUAAGUAUUUAAAGUACAGUCAGAUACAAUGUAUAUGCAAAGUGUCAGUGAGUUAUUUUUUAACUGUUUGUAAUUUUACUUAUCAAACAUGUAGAUCUGGAUGAGAAUUUCAGGAGCUUUACAGAAGAAAAUAAGCAGUGAUUUUACUUACAAGGUAAGAUGUAGUUUUGUUAUCAUACAUGUGUGAAAGUGGUUUUGCCUUCUUAGCAAUUUACCAUGCAUUGAUAUAAUUAAUAUUCAAUAAUAUUGAUUAAUAUAAUUAUUUGUCUUUGAUUAGCAAAUUGUUAGAGCAAGUGGCGAUGAAAAUUCCUUGAUUGCUAAGCAGAUUGAAAAGGUACUUUGUAAUAUUUAGGCAGAAGAAUCAAGUUUAUUAGGAGUUCACAGUUGCAUUUAUUGUUGCUUUGACUGUCCCCUCUCACUUGUUCUGAAAGGCUUGUUGCAUUGGACAGUACUAUACAGUCAUAUAGUUUAGACUGCAAUAUAAGCCUCCCUUGAGCUUAUGACCUCUCUGCUUUUUUGUCAGCCCUUCAUCAUCUUGCCUUGUUCAAUAAUAUUAAACUAUAAAAUAUUCUUUACUUGUAAUAAAUUGCACUGUACAUGUUUAGGAUCUUAUGAGAACCAUGCCCAACAAUGCAUGCUUUUCCACACAAGCAAGCACUGGUUUGUUACGUCUCAGAAGGAUCCUCAGAUCUCUUGCCUGGCUGUACACUGAUAUUGGAUAUUGUCAGGGAAUGGGCAUGGUAAGUCAAAACGAAGGAAAUUGUCUUCUGAUUAGAAACAAAAUGGCAUUCAGGUUAGCCUAAAAUGCCUGAAUUAGCUCCAUGGGUGCUUACACAUGUAUUUAACUUUCUAUAAAGCAGAUCUCAGGGUAUAAAAAUUAUUUUAUGAGUGCUGAUUAUGGUUCUUGUAUGUUACAUUGUUUUAUGUACACAUAAUUAUUAUAUAUAUAUAAACAUGCACUGUGACAUAAAAUAAUAAUCAUAAUAUCCAAACUAUGGAUAGUCACUUUUUUCCUUGGAUUCCUGCUAAAGCAAGCAAAAAAUAAUAUAAGGAGAGAGACCAAAGGGGAGACAAAUUCACUCCCUCUACUGUCGUGGAAAAUUAGUGUAAUAUGCAGUUUAUUCUUUUGUGGGAGAGGUCGGUGUAACAUGUGUUUAUCACAUUGUAGAAGGAAGUAUGGUUUUUAUAUGUUUCCUAGAUUUUAAGAAUUCAAAGAGGGGCAUGCAUUUUAAGCUGGGUGCUUAUUCAAGCAGUUUAGGUGGUUGUAAUUAGAUUUUUUUCUCUCAAAUAUCUAAAGCUGCAUUUCACUUUAAAUUUACAUGUUUUUGUAUAAGGAAUGUUGAUUGUUUUUUUUCCCCUAUAAUUUAAUUUGCAGGUUGUAGCCUCUCUGCUUCUGUUUAUUGAAGAGGAAGAUGCGUUUUGGUUGAUGUGUACAGUUGUGGAAGAUCUUGUUCCUACAUCAUAUUAUUCCAACACUUUGAUUGGUGUACAGGUACUAAAGCAGCUUUAAAAACGGGGAUACCAUUAGUAGCUGGCAUCUGCAGGGUUGUCUCUAAAGACACGGGGUCAGGGAUUUCCCCCGGCUACUUUCAUAUAGGAAACAAAAAGAAAACACUACCAAAAGAACUUCCUAGCCAUUCAGUUCACUGCCUACUAACUGCAUAUACACAGUGGGGAUCGAGGGGAGGGGCCCUCCUUAUCUAAGGGUCUGGAUGACCCCCAAGGGGUCAUCCAGACCCUUAGAUAAGGAGGUCAAGGAUCCAGCUCUGUAUACAUAACCGGCAACUUGAAAUAUUAGUGACAGCCUUGCAUCUGGCUGGUUCAGUCUGUACAGUGGAACCUCAAUAUAACAAAGGGUAAAGGGGCUGGCAAAAAGUGUGAGCUAUAACUAGGUUUUGUGAUAUCGAGGUCCUUUUUCCAUAUGUUUUACUAUAAUUACUGAGGUAAAGAAAAUUGUUCAUUUAACUGAAGGCUUCGUUAAAUAUGUAGAACGUUGUUAUAUCGAGGUUCCACUAUAACUGCAACUAAAAUCAGCUGGCUACUGUAAGUUUUGAAAUGAUUCAAACGUAAUAAACGCAGGAGGAUUCAUGAGGGAUAAAUGACCAGGGUUCUCCAGAAAAUUUGAUGUAGAAGGAGAAAAACAUUAAGUAGGUGGCAACUGACUAGAUAGAAAUGCGCAUGGCAGGACUGUGUGUAGAGGUAGGUGUAGGCAAGGGGCUACCCCCCCUUUCAUUGGGGGAGUUCUGAGGGCCUCCUCUGGUAAAAUCUUUAUUUUGGAGUUUCUGAAAUUAAAAGUGGAUUAUAACUAAUAUUUAGCCAUGAGGAUGACACCUUUACUAACCUAGUGAGAUAAUUAAUUAAUUAUUUAUUUAUUUUCUGUGCGAAGCUUGCACCUUUAUCAACUACAUUGUGAUUUUAGCUGGUCACGAGCUUCUGGAGAACCCUGAAUGACUGGCUACUUACCAGUGAGAAACCAGCUACUUAAAAUCUUGAUGACAGUCCUGUAAACAUUCCAGCACAUUCCAUGCAUGCUGUUUCUUAACUGACUUGUUACUGAUCAAUGCAAUGCAUGGUUACAUGUGAGGAAGUUUUGUUUGUGAGUAGUUCUUUAGUAUGCAUCGAAAUUAAAUUUGACUGCUCUGAUUUUAUCAAACCAUUCACUUUAGGCUGAUCAGAGGGUUUUGCGGCAGCUGAUUGUCAGCUAUCUUCCACCAAUGGAUGAAAAGUUAAAAGAGCAUGAUAUUGAGCUCUCGCUAAUCACACUUCAUUGGUUUCUGACAGCAUUUGCCAGUGUUGUACACACCAAGGUAUAAAGAUUGACUGACAUGAUUAGGGUCAAUAAUUGGCCAUAGAAUAGAUAGAAAUGGGGUAGGGGCUCUGAGAGGCCAGUGGCACAAACCCAGCAAAAAUUGACUCAACUAACCCCCCCCCGGUACUUGCAACCUUUUAUUUCUUGAGAGUGAUCACAGAGCAUCUUCUCCUCAACAUACGGCCACAAAAUUAAUUUUCCUGUUAGGUGCACUUGAAUAUAGAAUAACUGGUUACCUACGAUGACUACAACACCUAUCAUCAUACAAAAAGUUGGACUGGCUAAAUAAUUAAUUAGGUCUUUAAAGUUUCAACUGAUUUUUCUCUCAAACCGCUAACUUUAUAGUUUCCUUAACUCUGUCUUUAUGUAAUAAUAUUUAUUUGAAACAGUUAACCCUCAGUUGUGUGUCUUUCCGCCAAGGUUUAAAGUUUUGUUGUUGCUGUGUUUGUUGUUACUGCCUUGAUCUUGAUGAAACAUCAAACAGUAAAACUGAAUUAAUACAGUUUUGUAAUAAAAAGUUAAUGAAGAUUUUGACUGGUGUAAGGGCUGAAGGGUUGAGGGUUGUGCGAACAGAGUUCAGUGUUAACUGAGGCAGUAAGACUUAAGUACUUUCCAGUAUAAUCCAGUUACUUGGAGAAAGGUAGUGUUUGAAAGAAACUUUUUUGUUGUUGUUGUAUGCGCAGAUCCUGUUAAGAAUAUGGGACAUAUUCUUUUAUGAGGGUUCAGUGACAUUGUUCAGGAUGACACUUGGAAUGCUUAAAAUGAAGGUAUAAUAUUAAUGUAAACUCAGUUUUUUCAGUGCAUGUAUUAGAGAUUAUGUGAAUGAAGAAAUUAAAUUUUGUUCUAACCAUAAGUUUCGUUUAGGUUAUAUCAAGGUUCUUUUCCAUAGAUUUUACUAUUACUGGGGUAAAGAAAAUCUUUUGUUGUGUAGAGCGUUGUUAUAUUAUUGAGGUUCAACUGUACUCGUCAUUUUCAUUAUUGAUCAGCUAUUUUAUGAAUUAGAUAUGUGAGCCACAAAAUAAAAGGGUCAAGUGGCAAAAAAAUAUAAAAGAUAAACAGUGGUAGUAAUGCUACAGAAAAAGCUCUCACUAUUGUUACACUUACAACACAAAAGUUUACAUUUAUCUAUAUUUUCCAUCCCGUUUGUGCUAAAUUAUGGUUUGUUGCCUGGUGUCUCUUUGACUUUGUCUUCAUUAUCAUGGUUUCCAGGAAGAUAUGAUCUUAAAGUUGGACAAUUCAGCACAGAUAUUCAAUCUACUAUCAGAUAUACCUGGCGAGAUCACUGAUGCCGAUGAACUACUUGAGGUAUGUACAUGUACAUAGCUUGCGCGAAAGCUCUCCAUUGUCGCAGUCGCGUCUCCUUUCGCGUGCUGCUGUCGCGUGACUUCUCGCGACUCCCCCAAAUGGAGAGUUUUCUGGCAGGCUAUUAUGUACCAUUAGUUAAUAAGUCAAUCCCCAGCGUUUCUUGAGACCUUUUCCAUAUUUCGUAGACCGCUUGCAGUCCGCCUUUUCGCUUAGAUCCAUCGAGUUCUUAGUCUGGGCGGGUAGGGAGAGAAAGGGACGUGGGCGAGCCUACAUCCUCGUUUUUCGCGGCUCGCGACUUAUUUUUCUUUCUCCUUGGGCUUACUCUCUCGUUUCUCGUUGUGGAUGAAAAGUGCGUCGCCGCUCGCCCGUGCUACCCCAGUGACUGAAGAAAAUAAGAAACUGCUCGCAGUCUACACAUUUCGUUUUUCCAAAAUGUUAGACAAAACUACUUGAGAAAAUGGCGCAUUUAAAAUAUGCACAUUCAAGCUUAUUUUUUUCAACAGUUUUGCUGAAAAUUCAUCUUGCCAGUAAACAAGCUCAUUCAGUAAAACCUCAUGACCACAAUUUGUCUUUUCCCUCAGGCUGCAAGCAAAGCAUCUGCUUCACUGACUGAUGUAAUACUCGAGACACACCGUAAGAAGCACAUGGCCUUCCUUAUGGCUGAUCUUGGCGUACUUGUUGAUAAGGAAACUGGAAAGCAAAUGCCUAGAGAUGUAAGAAUGUGAAUAACAUGUCUUCCUAGCUACAGUCUUGGUAAAAAAUGUUCAGAAAAAUGGACGUUGCCUUAUGAAUUGAAGUGUCAAGGUAAAGCUCUUUAAAGCACUGGCAACUGCAAAUCCUCCCCCUCCUCCCUUCCACUCCAAAGUCCGGUUGGAUUAUUAUUGACCCUGACUGAACAAUGGGUGUGAUGAAGGGAGGGGUCGUACGGUACCAAACCCGCGGGCUAGGCGCUCUGUGGGUAAGAAACUGCAAAAUUGUCAACACUUUUUGUCUAAGAUUGUUGACAUACUGCCCGUAGGGACAUAAAAGUGUAGUAAGUGAAGUUUAUGCUGUUUUGUUCUCUCUUUACACAGCGGCUUCAGAAAAGGGUCAUUGUUGCACCGCCACGAACUUUCUUCAGUUUAUUCUUUGGUGUGUAACUUUUAUUUCUUGAUCGUGAUUGUUUUUCACUGUUUUGCCACGCUGAGUUAACGUAGACAUAUAGAGUUGUAUAAAAUGGUUUCUUGUUAUUUUGAUGUUUGCUGUGCACACAUUCCUUCCUCAUAUGAAGUUCAUCUUCGUUAAGGCCAGCACCCUGGGUGCAAAUGUCACCGUGUGUCUGUUAUAUACUUUACUUCACAUUCUUUUUGCGAGCGACCAGAGGAACCCCCAAUCCUAAUCUCCCAAUCUACGUAUGUAGCCAUCAUUCGUUUGGACCAGAACUAAGAAUGAAUGGAAUGCAUAGAAUGCAAUCUGAGCUGAUGCGCGUUUUGACCUUCUACAACUCGUAAUCUGAUCGCACCUUCUUUGACAACCUACGCAAAACACAGCGUUGGAGCUAGAGUGUGUUGACCUUCGAUCGAUCUCGCCCUUACUAGGGUGGGAUUUGUCAACAAAGCAGUUCUUGCAAUAGCAUAUAUAUUCCAUCUCCACAACCGGCGUGGCUAAAGACUACUAAAUCACCCCACGCGAGAAAAGGCGACACGCGGGGUCUUUUCUCGCGUGAGGUGAUUUUUGCGUGGGGGACUACUCGUAGUCUAGCGUGGCUAAGUUGCUAUGAGCAUAAAAAUCCUUUCCCCUUAUCGGUCAUGGAACAGUAUUGUACGUGAGAAAAAUGAGAAAACUGUUUCAUAUGAACUGACAACAAUGCUGUGAAACCUCCACUCAGGGGACACCAUCGGGACUAAGGCACGUGUCCCCUGAGUAGAGGUUGGGCUGGAGUUUGUUAAUAAUUAGCAAAAACAAAGAAAAUAUUUUUUAUCAUUCUGCCUCGGAAUCUGGUUCAUUAUUUUCAAGCAGCUAGAUAAUGUAUAAGGAAAUCAUGAUUUAUAUCUAUAUCUUAGCAAUAUGUACAAGUGCAGUACAUCAAUUUAACAGAGUGAGAUAGUUCAUAAUGUGAAAUCUGACAUCAUUAUGACUAGAGUACACUUAAACUUAUCAACCCUUUUUAUGGUCAGUCACGUUUUAAGUUCUAAAGUGUCCGCUGAAUGAAGGUUAAACCCAGGUUUCGACACCCAGAAAAAGUGUUCCUUUCCCCUGAAUAGAGGAGUCCCUUCAAUAGAGGUAACAAAUACAAAGUUUAUGACAACAUUUUUCCAAGUUCUGUGUGCCCUGAAUGGAGGUGUCCCUUGAUUAGAGGUGUUCCAAAGGAGAGGUUCCACUGUACCAAUGAUUGCCUACGUAGCACGUGCUUCCGCAACUUUCGCGAAAUAACUCGAUUGGAAACGCUUGCUACCCAGGCUACAAUACCAAUACCUGUCCUACUGACAUUAUAUAGUGUAUAAAUUGCAGUAAGCUCGGAUAUCAGCAUAUAGGGUACCACUGACUGCCGCUAACAGUUCUUUACAAGCUUACUAUAAUCCAACCAGUCCAUAUUUGUGAAGUGAUAACAGACACCAGAAGAACGAAACUGAGUUCAUAUACACCCACAGACCAACUACAGUAAACUUUUAGUCUGUUGACAUUGUUUAAUUUAUGGUUAUUGAAAAAUACUGUGUUUUGGCACAGUUGGUUGUGAAGCGUUUAUCUUUCCUUUUUGUUCUUACAGGCAAGGGCGGUAUCUCCUUACAAAAGGCGAAAAACAUCAGGCAAACAGGUCGGUAAUAAGAUGUUAUGGGGUUCCAGUUAAAAAGAAAUAAUGAAAAUACGUUUUCUUUCUUUCUUUUAAUGGUAUUCAGUAAUAACCCCACUCAUGCAUGUGUCACCGAAAGUACAGAUAUCAAGGACUUAUGUAUUACUUCCAGUUCACCUAAAUAUGCAGAAAAUAUAACUAGACAAUUUUUUGUGUGCAACACUCGAAAAAAUUUCUUCUGUUUCCAAGGCAAUCUUAAGUUAUAUGUGGUUCUGCACAAGUUUCAUAAUGCUCCUCAGUUCUCAAACUGAAAAUUGGAACGAGUUAACAACAUAAAUUUACACAGAUAGAUGAUUUAUUACUCAGUACGCGGGCACGCAAACAAAAAUUUACAACAUAGUGCAUUUUUCUGCACACACGCUAAGAAUACGUAAUAGUCGCACGGAUUUUUGCCAAUUUACGUUACUUUAUUUCUAAAGAGAACACGAAAAUCAAACUUGCAAUGUUAAGAGCGAGCCUGUGAUGUGUUGGGAUCCCUGGACACGUACGCUUCACGUUUUGUGGUGUGGACUGCCUCCUCAUCCAAUUACACUGGGGACGACCCACUCUCCUGCGUCGUACUAAGUCUUGUUUUCUUUCUGGUGUUUGCAGAGCUUGUGGCUGAUCUAAGAGAAGCCAUCCUUCAGAUAGCCAAACACUUCGAUGCCAUUGAUCCUAAAAAGGUGACUUAAUCUUUUCAGUGUUCGUGUUUAAGAAGAUUUGGUUCCCGUAGCCUUCCUGGCUAGCCUCUUAGGGUUGAUUUCCACGGUCGCGUAAGUUUUACGUGCGUGCGUGCGUGCGUGCGUGCGUGCGUGCGUAAAAUUUACGUUCGGAAAUAAAAUAGAGGCAAUGUAUGAAAGGUCGCACAUAAGCGUAAAAGUAGAACCUCGCUCAACUUCACGUUUAAUCUCAUCAAUUUAUAUCUUGCCUCAAAUUUAUUAACGUGAUUAGAAUUUACGUGUGUUAACGUGCGUAGCCAAAAACGCAUCAGUGGAAGUCAACCUUUAGCAUCUCUCAGAACAGACUCUUCCACGUUUUUUUGAUUUCAACUUUUGGUAAAGAGCAGUAAGCAAAUAUCCAUCAACACUACUGGAAAGAGGGCCUAAAAUUAAGGUAACUUACCAAUUUUAAAGGUGAUACAUGUACGUCCAAAGAGAUCUAAGAUAUUGCUCCCCAAGUCGCGAAAUUCCAACAGGCGUUUGUAUUGUGGGGGCAUUAACUUGCUCAUACAAACGUCUGGAAAAUUCCUCAACUUUUAGUUGCAGAGCUCUAUCUUCGAUAGUUUUCAACAAAUCACUUUUAAACUUGGCAGUUAAACUAAUUUUAAGACGUUCUUUCGGCCGUGUUGAAAGAUUUUCGCUAAUUUAGUAUCUCACGCAGGUGUUACUUGUAUUGCCACGCAACUUAGGAGGUAUCAACGGCCUGAAUUUGCGCCUUAGAAAUUGUGAAAGUCGUCACUUGCUUGUUACAGAGGCGUGUUAUUCUUGGCUAUGUGUUACUGGACAAAUUUUUCCCGGCUAAGAGCCCACAAAAAAUAAAAAAAUUUAAACGAAAGUGUUGCCCAAAGGGGAAUCAUUGAGUAGGUAAUAAGACUGGAUUUCACCGACAGACUUAAAUUAACACAACACUUUUGGCCUCGAUCAUUGACUGUGCUAUUAAGUGUGAUAGUUGGAAAUUUAAAUAGUAGUACGGUUAGAUUUUGUUUACAAGGUACUUCAGAUCUCUCGAAUUGAUUGCAAUAGAUCUUGUCACGGUUUUCGACGCCAUCUUGACGAGUAGGCAAACGUGUGAGAAAUUACAGUGUUUGUAUGAGAAUCUAAUGUCGAAUAAUUUCCGUAAAAGGGCUGUUCUGAAAAAAAUAUCAAUUGUAAACUAAAGCUGCAAAGCAAAGGAUUGUCCUAAAAACAUUUGGGGCCGUACCUGUGCUUAAAUUUCUCCACAGGCUUGCUUUAGAUUUUCCAUAUAUUUGUAUGUAAUUUUCCCGGGACUUUCUUACAGACAAUAAUAAUAAUAAUAAUAAUAACUUUAUUUAACGAGGGUAAAGACAUUGAUUACUGGUCACCCAGUAGUUUUCAUAAUGUAUAGAAAAUUUUAAAAAGUGGUUCUAGGUCUUCUAGUUUAUGUAACGCCCUCAAAUUUUUUCAGGGGUGUCCUUAGGAGUGAAGCUUUACUUUAUUUAUCAUAUUUAUUUCAGAACAGCCGUUCUACGGAAAUUAUUCGACAUUAGACUCUGAUACAAUCACUGUAAUUUCUUACGCGUUUGCCUACUCGUCAAGGUGGUGUCGAAAACCGUGACAAGGUCUAUAGUAAAAGAACAACUGGUAUCUAAGAUUCUCGAUUACUCUAUUUUUAGCUUACUAUAACUUCUUUUUAGGGCCUGGAAGUUGACUAUUCAAUGGAGAGUCAUGCAAAAGACCAUGAGAGAUUUAUCAAUGUAGCAAGGUGAGAGCAACGUGUUUGGCAAUCUUGUUGGACAGGAAUGUCAGCUCCGGUAAUGGUGUUCUGGAGUUGAUACUAGUUCAUCAUACACGUUAACGAGUUCCACUGAAACUCACUUUCAAAAUGAGGCCAAGUGCACAACCCUACUUGUGGAAAUGAGUUUCAUUUGCAUGAGAAUGAAAAAUCAUUUCCAUAUCAUAGGCGUAGCACUUAACCUCGUUUUGAUACAGAGGCCCGGGGGGAACUCGGAAAUGGCCUAUUUCACUCAUUGGGUCAUCAUCGCUUACAAUCCUUGUCAAGUUUUUAACUAAGAACCUGAUUAAGAUCCUACUUAACCUAAAUUGCUAAUGACUACCCAAAAAUAUAACAACCUUUUCUGUCAGACUUCAAAAAUGUAGGUUCUUACACGCGGAUUUUUACCGUAGAGGAAUUGGUUGAGAAGGUGUGACGUGAAAUAUCCUUAGCUUUUUCGUGUGUUUCAACAAAACGUAACGAGUAUUGUAGGUUGUAGGUCUCGAACUAUCACCCUGCCGACGAGGGAUGCCACAAUUAGGAUGAAAGGGACGGCUUUGAACUACUUUUAUUAAAUUUUGCUUUUCUCUCAUCAGGAAUCGUCGAAGAAGAGCCAAGGCUUUGUUGGACUUUGAAAGACACGAUGACGAUGAACUUGGAUUUAGGAAAAAUGAUAUCAUCACUGUAAGAGAACAACGUGCAAUCUAGAGCUGAUUUUUGCACUAGCCUUAAGUCACCGCCGUCAUUUCUAAUAGUUUGAGAGACUUAGAUUUUAGAUUUAAAAGAUUUAGAUUCUAAGACUAGUGCGACUACGAGAACGAGGAGAUUUUCUCAAUACUAAGUAGCGCUCGCGUGUGAACCGGCGUCAUUUUGGCGGGAAAAAGUGAUAGCCGGCGUCUUUCUACAACUGUUUUUAGCGAGAGUGUCGUAGUGGCGGAAACGAGUUAUUAAAUGUUAGAAGUUUCAUCAUUUUGUGCUCGGGAGAGGGCUUAACCUCCUUUAAUAAAAAGUAACCGUGCUAACUUUUCUGGUGAACAAAAGUACAUGAAGCUUGAAGCGGGAUGUCUAUUUUUUUGUGAAUCCACGAAAAAACUGCAAGUCAAAUUUCGUCCUCGUCCUGUAAUCUAAAAAUGUCUCAUGGUAAGGACCGUUAAGAACCGCCACGGCGAGGCCGCUUAGAAAAAGGCACCAAGCGCUUCCGAUAACGCGUUUUCCCUGAGAAUGAGACCGUUUUUCUGGCGUUUGCCUCCAUCCCUAUAUCAACCAGGUUUUGGUUGUCCUCCAUACUUACACACCAGUCUGGUGAUUUGGGUAUUUUUUUAAAUCUUCAGGCCCUCGCCGCUAGUUGGCGCUUGCUGGUUACUGAACAGUAUAAGCGCACUAUUUGAAUCUUAGAUUUGUUAUUUGUGUUGUAGAUAAUUUCACAGAAGGACGAACACUGUUGGGUGGGUGAACUUAACGGAUUGAGAGGUGAGCUGAACAUUCUAAGGUUUAAAAAGCCGUAAUUUGUGCAGGGAAGCGAAAUGUUGCUGAUAUUUGUAGUCAAAUGACGUCAUCGUGUAAUCUGCUUAUUCCCCUCUCCAGAAACUUUAAGGGGAAUGGGUACAAGCUUUCGCUGCAACGAUUUCUGGGAUCCUUAGUUAUGAUUGGUCAAUGGUUUCUCGUGAAUACCUUUGACCAAUCAUAAUUAACACUUGCCCACCAUACAAUCCCAGAAAUCACUGCACUCAAAGCUUGUACUUAUUCUCCUUGGAGUUUCUGAAGUGGAGAAUUUAUGAGAACAAACAAAGCAGUUGAAAUUAGUUUAUUAAUUAUUAGCAGCUGACAGCGCGUAACUGAUGAAGAAUAUUUUAAUCUGGCUGGUAUUGGUUUUCAGUACCCUUCCGCAGCCUGUAGCCUGUUAGCCUUGCCUUUUUCUUUUGUAAAAACUUUCUUUAGUUCCAGUAAAUUUGCAUAGCUGCUGGCCUCGUAAGUGAAAACGAUCUUUAUAUUUUUGUUAAGUUACUUCUUUGGUUAUGAUUUCUCAAUUUGAAUUUUUAACUGAGUUCGUAAUUAAUUCCAGGUUGGUUUCCUGCCAAAUUUGUCGAGAUUUUGGAUGAGCGAAGUAAAGAGGUAGUGUGUUUGUUUCGAAACGAAGUGAUUGUUCUGCUUAAGAUUGUCCUAAUUUAUGACGAACCUCUCAUUAGCGGCCAACUGCCAUUAAGCCUCCACUUGUGGGACCCCGCCGAGGGUGGCUGCCUGAUAGAGGUUCAGCCGUAAUAAUGAUUAAUUUACCUGUUUUUUUUUCUCAGUACUCAUCUGCAGGAGACGAUUCUGUAUCCGAAACUGUAACAGAUCUCGUCAGAGGAGGGUGAGCAAUGAUGCUGAUGCUCUUCGAUUUAAUCGUUGUUUACCAAAAUGAAAUUUGGCAUAAAUUGGAGUGAACUUUAACAAAGCGUCCUUUAGUACGAUAAUGAUAAAAAUUUGUUUGUCUGUACUAAUAAUCAUGAACAGAUCACCCGGAAAUGCUGCCGCGCAUAAAUGGAAACGUGCAUAUCAUUUAAAGUACUAAAUGAAUACCUAAACUACUGCUUACAAAUAUCUACACUCUGCCGCACCAGAUCCGCGUUUAAAAUUGCAUGAUUAAUGUUUCUGUUGUGUUCGUUUUGUUUGUUUGUUUGUUUUUUUUACAAUAUCGAGGGAUCCGUGACUGGGGUGGUACUCAAAACAAGCAACGGGGAUUGGGGAAUGAACAUGGGGAACGGGAGAAUGAAAAAUGAGAACCAAGCAUAGAAUUGGAAAUGAAGUUACUGAUAGGGCUAGGGUUCGAGUUAGGUUUUUUCCCAUUUUUCAUUUUCCUGUUCCCCAUUUUAGUAACAUCUUCCCUGAGACCGGUCAAUGCUUUCCAACGUGUGCAAGCUUCGACAAAAUUCUGUGAUGAAUUCAAAUGACAUCUGCACUAUGGUAAGCCGCAAAUGUUGACUUCAAAAUUUUCCGAGUAAGUAUAAAUUUCCUAGUGCGGAGGGGCCCAAGGACGUAAAGGUACUGAACACUGAACAUAACGGCGAAAUUGGUCCUGCACUUUAAUCUAACCACAGCGUUCUUUUAACUCUUACUCUCUAUUUUUACCGUUUAGAUUGUGUCCAUCCCUGAAGUCAAUCUUCUUACACGGAAUGAGAAAGCCUUCCAUCCUUGGUGGCCCUUGUCAUCCAUGGUUGUUUUUAGAAGAGGUGAGCAUGUUGUUAACGCGGGAAAGCGGCGACGAAAUCCUAAAUAAUUUAUCUGACCAAUCAGGGGACACUUAGAGAAUCCAGUAAACCAAUCAGGAUUUAGCCUGUCUACAGACCCACCCUCACCCCCUUGCGCUUGCGGUGAAUAAAUCCCCCGCGGUUUUCAUUUUUAUACGCGUACUCGACGGUCUCUAAAGAGAAAAUAGAGGGUCUGUAAACAGGCUAAUCAGGACUUGGAACGACUGCAUGUUGCUGACGUCAAGUGCGGCGAAACACGUGAGAGUUUUAAAUCCAAGAACGCAGGUCAACAUUACAUUGCAGAACCGAACUUAAAGCGCCGAAAUUUGUGAAUGUCUGCAACCGUCAACUCGGAACAGCUCUAAUCCGUCCCAAUGAUAAAACUGUAAUCGUAAGUAGGCUACUGACAUUCAGGAUGAAAUGACAAACAAACGAAAGUUGUAGGAAAAAGGAGAGCUUUUUUAGCUUUAGUUACUGAUUUCGUGUUCCCCUAAGAUCUCUGAUGACGUAUGCUCUAAAUUUCGUCAUCCUCGUAAAUAUUCUGUGGGGAGCAACGGUGAGAGUGCGGUGGUGAGAGCACUCGCCUCCUACCAGUGUGGCGCGGGUUCAAAUCGGGGCGUCGACUCCAUAUUUGGGUUAAGUUUGGUUUUGGCUUUCUCGUUUGCUCCGAGAGGUUUUUCUCCAGGUACUCCGGUUUUCGCCUCUCCUUACAAACAAACAUUUCUGAAUUCCAAUUCAACCAGAAAUCAGGUAGACGAAGAACCGCUUUUAAAGUGGAUACAUGUGCUACGUCCAAAUCGUUAUUUAUUUAAUUAUACUGUUUCAGGCCAGCCAACGAGAAGUUGACCGGGAUUUCCAGUCAGUAUAUUCUCGCCUAGUGCUAUGCAAGACAUUUAGGUAAGUAAAGCGGAGAUGUUCUUGACCAUUCUAGAAUCACAUCGACAAAAGCUAACUGAAGGGCAUUUUGCAAGGCUGCUUUGGGGUGACAUUAAACCGCCCAUAAACAACCACUAUAAGGUUUGCACUGGUCCAGAUAGCUACUGGAACGGCGUUUACAAUGGCCACUAAAAUGUGGCGCUUCCACCUUCUUCGCCAUACCGCCAUGACAGCCAUGUUUUGAUAGUGCGUUUCGAUCGCUAGCGACACACUAGUGAAAAACCACUCUAUCACUAACGGCACCGAGGUAGCGACGGCGAAUUUCUGUAAUAGACUUUUAACAGAAUGAUUCUUCAGGUAAACGAAUUGAUACCAACAUAAAAAUCCGUUCACAGACACUAUGGCAGUUGAUUCAAACAACAUACUCAUGAUAGCUAUAUCAGCCGUCAGUCUUUCACGACGAGGAGUACGAAAACUUCCCCAAGGAGCGGAUCUUCUUUUCCACAACAUAUGACAAAUGUGAUCAAUGAAAACCAUGGUGCUUCGUUCAAUGACUUCUGCCACGCCGUGUAUUACUCCUAGAAAAGCGAUGGAUUGCAAACGAUCAAGGUCCAGUUGUAACACCCGACUCAUAACCGCUGUUCCCAAAUACAAAGGCGCCAGUAUGACGUAGGAAUAUCCCGGAUGAGUGAUUUUCCAUAAACGUUGAACACAAAUUCUCGAGAUUGCUUUGAGAGCGACUCCAAAACAGGGAGUGAAGAGCGCGAUUAAUAUUUUGCCCUCUUUCGUGUGGCGAUUAUACGCUGGAUAAACGUAUUUAGUUAUGAGAAAGGCGGCCGCGAAAGAUACGCAUGUUGGAACUGUCACUUUACCAAUCAGACUAGCCACCAUUUUUCCUGAUCGCAUGUUGAAGUGUCCCGCUAGCGCGUAAAGCUGUAAAGAGACGUUAAUGAUAUAGAAGACAUACGUUGGAACCCGAUAGUAGACUUUGAUGUAGUAAGGCGUCCCUCGCAUUUGCAAAGCCACACGAUACAGUCCAUCCAAGCAGUACACCAAGCUGCAUAUGGUGAAGAGUUUUCUUUUCACACCUUUCAUCUGGUAAGGGCGAAAGAGGAGUAAAAGCGUAACAAAAGAAAAAGUAUAGUAGAUUGCGUUGGCACACAAAUCGGCAAGCGUUCUCACCCACUGUACUCGUAUUGGAAAUAAUCUCAUCACGGAAAAUCGACAUUGUAAGAUGGUAUUGUAAGAUAUGUACGAAAAUAGCAUGUAUAUGAUACCAACAAUGGUAGCACUGAACAGCGAGAUUGAAGCUCCAGUGGACAUUGAGUUCCAGACUGUACGAAGAGCUGAUGGUCUCAGUCGUUUCCAAGCCAUACCUCUGCAGUCUCUGUCUUGCUGAAUCUCCUCUCUUUCUUCGUUAUUCUCUGUGGAACAAGCAUCACUGACACUUACGUUAACACACCUAGAUGUUAGAUAGUCCGAACUUACGGCUUCCCUGACGCUGUAUUCUUGGUAAAUAAGUUCAUCAACAGGAUGACGGUACCACUCUCGUCCCGUGCUUUCCAGAGGACUGUAACCAAAUGAUUCUGCAGCUGUGAAUUCAGAUUCAUCAAUAGUGUAUUGAUUUGAAACAUCUUGCGUGAAACUGUGCAGAAUGUGAGCAAACAACUCUAUCAGUGUACUGUUAUCCAUCUUCUCUACUCCUUUGCAUGGUGAAACAUUUAUGCCGCGCUAUCAUUUUCGUGGAUAACUUGCAGCUUUAUAGCUGUGACUCCUUUAGAUCCUUUUUGUUUUUGUUCUUUCAGUUUAAUAUCAUUGUUUCUCCUAUUGUUUUUCAGUAGUUUGUCAAAGCUCUCCAUUUUUCCUUUGUAUCCGCAGCAAUUGCUCCUCUUUCAGUUUGUGAAAAAAUGUCUUUUUGAGCUGCUUCGUUUUAAAUCUUAAUGUGAAAGAGAUUAGAAAAUAGUACAUUGAAAACGAGUUGUGCUUCUUAAACUCUUAUUUAUGGUUGUUACUCCUUUAACAGAUUUUUUUCGUUUAUUCUCUCCGUAUCCCUUUUUUAGCGUUAAAUCUCUUUGAUUUAACGACAGUAUGUGAAACGUGACGUUUACAGAUUAGCCUGUGACUUGACGAUAUUUCGUUUUUAAAUGUUUCAAAUUUGAGUUGGCUGCAGAACCAUCUGCUGUUAAUCAUGCGGUCUGUGCGUGAUUAAGUUGUUUUUGUUGUUUUUGUUCUUGUUGUGUGUUAUACCAAGGCUAGAUGUUCCUUAAAUCUUAGGUAGAAAUUUAUGGAAUAUUAGAAAUGUAAUGAUGAAUUUUUAGCGUGGCGAAUACAUGGGAAAGAUGUGUUUUCAGUUAGUGACAUAGGCGGCGUUGAAGUGAUGUGAUUUUGUUUUUUGGCAGAUUGGACGAAGACGGCAAAGUUCUGUCACCAGAAGAAAUUCUGUACAGAGUAAGUGAAUUAAGAUUAUUUGGAUUGAUCUGUUAAGUUGUAUUGUUCUGAAUGUAUCUUAUGCCUUCUAAGGGGACACAAAUAUGUAAAUGAAAUUACUGUUCUUCAGUAGGGUGCUUAAAAUGUGUGCAAGUCCACACCGAGUGAUAGUUGUAACUACAUUUGUGAACAGUUAUGCCCUCCCUACCAUGUCUUUCGUGAAAAAAAACCCACCUGAUAGCAGCUUACUCCUACUCGGGACCGGUUUUCUCUCUUUAAUAGAGUCAAACCUUCAAUUGCGACCACCUCUCAUUGGCGACCACCUCCUCAAAGCGACCACCAGUCCAAAACACCAAAAUUCUCCUAGUCAAAUCACUUCGGUUGGAACCUCUCUUGUCCUGUCCUCUCGAAAGCGAUCACGUGAUGCAGGGUCUGAUCUCUACAACGCAACGUUCCCUGAAUCUUACACGCUACUCAGAGUAUACAGAGAAGGUUUAGUUUCAACGUAGAAACUACACAUAUCGUAGCUUACUCUUUCUUAAAGUAGAUUUGUUCGGACGUCUUCUUGGAAGAGACCCCCUGUGCAUGAUUCAGUCUCUUAAACGACCAGCACCUUUAUUGUGACCUCUAGAUGGUCGUUUUUCGGGUAUUCGCUGCUGACGGGAAAUUUUACCGUAAAUGGGAUUUAAGUUGCAGAUAAACUGGGGGAUGCAGGCGCUGAUGUCAACCUUACGAAAUAAGGAAGCUUACUAUGUAUUUAAUUCGUAUUUUAGGCGGUUCAGUCAAUAAACAUGAGUCAUGAUGCUGCAAAUUCACAAAUGGAUAUCAAGGUAAGCUCAUCACUGAUGAGAAAAAACUUUCAAACACUGCAUCUAUCUAUCUAGCCUCCCCGCAGGCGUCCUUUGGGGUUCGUUCGUCACGUGGGGGAGAAAUGAAUGCGUGACGAACGAACCCCAAGGGACGUCUGCGGGGAGGCUGCUAUCUAUCUACAUUCUCAAUUGCGUGACUUAUACCGCUCUUUUUUUUUUCAGUUUCGCUCCCUUAUAUGCUACGGUCUAAAGUAAGUGAACUACUAUGUACUUCUUCGGCUGUUUAUAUAGUUUGCCUUCAAUACCUUAGCUUUUGACGGUUCGACCUAAAGUUGUGCCACAAGUGUUUUGAGACAAGGCAAGAUGGUUGAAUUUCAAUUAUUAUUGUUUCAAUCUUUUUAAUAGCGAACAAUGCCUUCAUCUCUGGCUGGAAACGCUAUGUGCAUGUGAAGAUAUCGUUGGAAAGUGGUACGUAACAUUGAUUCCUCCCCUUCUGUAGCUUUGAUCGUGACAUGUUAAACGAGAUGGAUACUUACCUGUUGUGUGAGCUCUUUUAACCGCGGUGGGGGAAGGGGGGUGUCGAUGGGGGUGGGGGAGGGGUUAUAGAUCGCUUGCGCAAGGGGAUGGGAGUCACAGUUAUAAAUUCCUUGAAAAAAGACUGUGGACAGGCUCAGUACCGUCGAUAUUCAAUUUUAAACACCGCUACCUUUUUGCGUUUGUUGUAACAUCCUCUUAGAGCCUGUUUAAAUGGAGGUGGGGAACCCCAGGUAGGUGAGGUAACAUGUGGCGGGUUACCCCACCUAUCAUGUAAACGUGAUCAAAUUAAAAUGAGAGAUUAUAUGGACAGGUGGGUUACCUCACCUAAGCGGGUUAUCUCACCUACCUGGGGUCCCCACCUCCUGGUAAACAGGCUAGUAGUGUUGAUUCAUCCUUUCCUAUGUUACGUGGCUGGUGGAUUACUCCUUGCUGGUAUUCGCUGGCCCUAAUGGCACUAAGAAGUGAAAAAAAAAAUGCAAAGUAUAAAUGACUUUGUCUUGCGCCGCUGUUGCGUGACGAACUUACUUGGAUAACUUUACAAAGUGCUAUCUUCUUCUCGUGAAUUCUAGGUACCAUCCAUGGUCAUUUCUUAGAAGUCCAGGAUGGGUACAAAUUAAGUGUGAACUCAGGUAAAAACCUUCACCUAUAAGUAAUAAGACUUGAUGAGUCCCUUUUUAGCUGGAACGAACCCUAAAACCUCAUAUGCGUGCGUCAGAUCAGAAAAAAUCGUUGUCCAUCCGCAUGAAUUUAUCAGGAGUUGAAGCAAUCUGUCUUGCAGUACUUCUGUAAUUUGAAUUCCUCCGAAAAGUUCACCCACCCGUUGGUAAGAACAGAAUUCACUGCCCUGAUUGCAAAGUUCAGUAAGCCCAAGCAAUCGGACACGAUACGCUGAAAAGUAAAAUGACUCGAGAUAGAUUUGUUAUAAAAUGUGAAAUGGUGUUCUUUAUCGAUUUUCAAUGACAUUUCGUUCGUCCUUCAGAACUCUCGCUUCCUUUGCUUUCAAUCUCAACAUCGACUGGGAGCUGACUGGGGAACGCAAGACUGUAAGUAUCUGAGAAUUCCCGGGAUAAGCGGGGAAAAUGUUUCUUGUAUAAGGGAAAAGACGAGAAGUGGAGGAGUAUUCUGACUGUAUACCUUACUGGUCAAUAAAUGUCCAUCAAACAAGCUCCCAGUGCAAGGGCUUUUAAGGGGUGGGAGAAAUGAAACAUUGUUCUUACUAAUACUUUCUCUCGUGACUAACUAGCUCUCACUACCGCGUAUCUAGUGAAUAACAGUGUCUUUUUAACUGAUUUCUUUUAGUCCGCUGAUAACUUACACUUCUACAAGGGACCCGAUUUGUGUUUCUUUUCUCUUGCGCUGUGUCUGCAUUACACGCCAGUGCUCGCUAGUUUGGUAUAACCGUCUGGCCUUACAUUCAAGAAACACCUAUUAGUUUAAUUUACUGAAAUGUUUAGAAUGCUCACCUUAUAAGGAGUUUGUGUGUAAUAUGAAUGGGUUGGCAAAGCAAAAAUUAAUUUUUUUUGGUUAAAGACAAGGAGUUACAGAUGCUCGCUACUUUGUUAUAACCGUCUGGCUUUGCAUUCAAGAACACAUGCUAGUUUAUAUGUUAAAAGUGCUCGCCUUAUAAGGAUUUUGUGUUUAAUUGGUGUUGGGAAGGGGCAAUUAACUUUUGUUUUGCUAAAGACAAGGGUUUACUGUUGCUUGUUUUUAUGAUAGAGAAUUGUUCAGAGUCGGUGUGGAUAGGCAGAGCAUGCAUGAUAUCUGCGUCAUUCCCACGUGAUAUUGUAAAGAUGUUUUCCUUGAGAUACUUUGCAUAUCUUAUGGCUGUAAGGGUAGUAAGGCUUAAAUAUUAAACUGUGUGUUUCAUAGCAGGUUGUAGAUGGGUACGUCAGUCAAAAGAAGUUCCAGGUUAGAUAUUGGUUUUAUUGUCUACAUUUGGCUUUGUACAGCAAAUAUUUCACUUACUAG